GGAAGGUUGACAGUAUUUUGUGGCCUUUUUCUGGAUGUUGGAUCAUCACAUUUUUUUAUUAACUUGCCCUAGUCCAAGAGAGACUAUGUUGAUUUCCAUAGCAUGAUUAGAGUGGGAAUGGCAGGGAAGAAUAAACUCAGGAGAAUCAGAAUUGAACAAAUAAAUGAAAAAGAAUUCUCCAAAUCCACUUUCUUAAUUACUCCUACCCUGAUUGUGCCUUCUGUGGUGGGAACAGUGUUACCCAGUAAUAACUUCAGUGGAGGCCGAUGUGUAUUAUAUAUAGCCAGUGGAGGUUCUAAGUGUAUUUUUAUCAAUCACCUUUUCCUCUUGUUUCUCUUGUUUUUAUUUUAUUCUUUGCAGUCUUCAUUCAUGUUCUGAGACUGUUGUCAGAUGGAACCAUGGAUCCUGCAGCAUUAGUAGAAGCCAUUGUGGAAGAAGUGAACUGUCCCAUCUGUAUGACCUUCCUCAGGGAGCCUGUGAGCAUCAGCUGUGGCCACACUUUCUGCCACAGCUGUCUGUCUGGACUCUGGAAGCUCUCAGGAGAAUCCCAGGACUGGGGCUACACCUGUCCCCUCUGUCGAGCUCCUGUGCAGCCAAGGAAACUACGUCCCAAUUGGCAGCUGGCCAGUGUUGUAGAUAAGGUCCGUCUGCUAGGGUUCUGUGUGGAAAUGGGGCUGAAGACUGAUGUGUGUACUCUCCACAAGGAACCGCUAACGAUGUUCUGCAAAGAGGAUGACGUGGUAACCUGCAAGGCUUGUAACCAGUCCCCAGCGCAUGAAGCCCACAGUGUUGUGCCCGUAAAGGAUGUUGCCUGGGAAUAUAAGUGGAAACUCCAGGAGGCUCUGGGACUUCUCAGGAAAGGACAGGAAGAAGCCUGGAAGCUGGAAGUCAGAGAGAAGGAACAAGCUGCCAGAUGGAAGACACAGAUGGAAAUACGAAAGCAGAGCAUCCUCUGGGAGUUUGAAAAAUAUCAGCAGUUAUUAAAGGAAAAAGAACUGCCGUGUGCGCAGGUGGAAGAGGAGGCAGCUGCAGCUCAGGCUAGCCUAGAGCAGGAGGAGAGAGAGACACUAAACAAACUGGAGUUGAGACACGAGAAGAUCAUCCAGCAGAGCCAGGUCCUAUGGAGGAUGAUCGUGGAGCUGGAAGAGAGAUCCCAGAGACCUGUACGCUGGAUGGUGCAGGGUAUUCAGGAAGCUUUAAACAGGAGCAAAUCUUGGAGCUUUCAGCAGCCAGAGCCAAUCUCCUUGGAGCUAAAGACAGGUUGUUGUGUGCCAGGACUAAGAGAGAUCCUAAAGACAUAUGCAGUGGAUGUGCGCCUAGAUCCAGACACAGCUUACUCCCGCCUUGUCGUGUCCAAGGACAGAAAAAGUGUGCACUAUGGAGACACCCAACAGAACCUGCCUGACAAUCCUGAGAGAUUUUAUCGCUAUAACAUUGUCUUGGGCAGCCAGUGCAUCUCCUCAGGCCGGCACUAUUGGGAGGUAGAGGUUGGCAACAGGUCUGAAUGGGGCCUGGGAGUAUGUAUGGAAAAUGUAGAUCGGAAGGAGGUGGUCUAUUUAUCCCCCCACUAUGGCUUCUGGGUGAUAAGACUGAGGAAGGGAACAGAGUACCGGGCAGGCACUGAUGAAUACCCCCUCUUGCCCUUGUCAGUCCCUCCACACCGAGUAGGAAUCUUCCUAGAUUAUGAGGCCCAUGACAUCUCCUUCUACAAUGUGACUGAUGAUGGCUCCCACAUCUUUACUUUCCCCCAUUAUCCCUUCCCUGGCCGCCUCCUGCCCUAUUUUAGUCCUUGCUACAGCAUUGCCACCAACAACACCACUCCCCUCACCAUUUGUUCCCUGGUUGGGGAAGACUAGGAGAGAUACCAUACUAAGCCAAUGUUGGAAUUUGGCCUGGUACACAGGACUGCUGGAGAGUUCUUCCAUUAAUAAGCAUACCCCUGAACCCAGCUUAGUACCUAGAGAUCCUUCUACCUGACCUCACGGUACCUUGCCUUUAGGCCAAACUGUUAGUACCGCUCACAAAAAAAGCAGUCCAGUCAGAUAAGCAUUGUGACCCAUGAUGGAAACAUGACAGAGAUGAUGGGCUUUGUCUACUCUGGAGGUUACAAUUCCUCACUGGUUCCAUAACUAAGUGUGUGCCAAUGAGGAAAUGAUUGCAUGCUCCAGAAAAGCUUUUAAAUAGGGUUUCCAGUGAGACAAAAUAAGAGUGCACCUGUCCAGAGUUGACUGCCAUGGUGAAAGGGUGCUUCACCUGAGACUUGCUGUUACCAAACAAACCCUGAGCCCCAGACUUGAGAAACACACAAUCUGUGCUCUCCCAGCACGGAGUGCAGACCUCACCCAGGAUACUUAGUGCAUCACCUCCCUGAGCUUGGGGUUGGGGGGAGGUCUGUGUCCUGGGACUGUCUUUUCUCUAAGAAGCAGGAUCAGAAAAGUUGGGGUCCUUAGUUUUUAUUUUUUACUUUAUGGAUGAAGAAACUGAAACAGCCUUAAGUUGUUUCCUACAGGGAGUGGGAGGUAAGAUUUUAAAGGUUGUAAAUGAUUUUCACAUUCAAAGGAAAUAGAGUUGACAACUCACAGAUCACAAGUCCCAGUGACUCAUUACAUUCGGGUCUGAAACAUGUUUGAGAGGAUUUGUGUGACCUUUUUGGAAAAGUGGCUCUAAUCUGGCUUAAAAUAACAUGUCCUUCUACCUCACCAAUUCAUUGUAAAAUCACAAAAUCCACCCCAUACUUUUGUUCUCUGUAGAGAAGGGAGGGCAAACAAUGGAUUCUGCACAUGGCAACCAUCCCCCUUUGCUGUAUGCAGCCAGAGCCUUCAGAGCAGCAUGUUUCUUCCUUAUGGUCCCUCCCAACAGCCUAGAGCCCUUUGAACAAAAAGAUGGCCAUGUCACACUGUGUCACAAGGGUACACUGACACUUGUCCACAGAGGUAUGUUGUAUAUCCGAUUACAUGUGUUUGUCUCUGGCUUAGAGUGAGGUCUGUCAAAAUAGAAAGCAAGAUAAUAGCAAGGAAGAUGAAAUAAAGUCAUCAGGAAGGAAGGAGAGCCCAUUCAGCAGCUAGCUAGUAUUAAAUUGGAAGCUAGCUGGUGUUAAAUUGGGAUCUUCAGACGCCACCAAAGAGAUCAACUUGGUUCAUGUUAUCAUGUAUAACAAUUCUCUUUAAGAUGUAGGAGAGAAAAAAUGUGUGGAGAGAACCAUACUAAACAAAAGCCAACUUAGGAGUCAGAUGAAAGGAAUAAUAAAAAGGAAGUAAAAUUGUAUACUGAACUGUUGGUUUACAGUGGUUGUUAUGUCAGGGAAAGUUAUACAAAAAUGGCCCAAAAGUAACAAAAUUGGCAUGUGACAAAAUUGGCUCUGUCUAUGGGAAGGGACCAAUUGUGUGUUGCUUCCAUGUUCCCAGGUUUGUAUUUUAUUGCACAUACAAUUUAAAUGAAAUUAUUAAACAUAUCAGACUAUUUCAGUCAUCCUAUAUCCAUAGCAUUCUCACUAAAAAUUGAAAUUUUAUGCAAGCAUAGUGUUUACAGCGUCAUACAGUCUAGCCUCAUUCAUCUUUAAAACAUUGUGCACUCGUCUAGGGAACUAAAUAGUAGAGCUUUAUGUUCACGAACCUUUUCUAAGGAAGCACGUCAGCAACAUCUUCAUCCUCUCCCGGAUCUGCUUGGUCCUAAUACCAUAAAUGACAGGGUUUAAGGUAGGUGGGAUAAUCAGAUACAAGUCAGCUAACAACACUUGAGUGUGCAUCGGAACUACAUCGUGCCAUAACCAUGCUAUAUAUAUGGAUGCCAUCCCAGGGAGAUAGAAUAGACACAUAACUCCCACAUGAGAGCCGCAUGUGCUUAAUGCCUUCCUCUGUGCAUUCUUUGAGGACAGACCAAAUACUGCCCUGAGAAUCAAAAUAUAGGAGGCAGCAAUGAAGACCGUAUCAGAGCCCACAAUAAUAGAAGAACAAAUCAAGCUAUACAAACUGGUGGGCGUGGGGUCUGCACAUACUAACUUGGCCACAGCCAUGUGUUCACAGUAAGAAUGGAAAACUACAUUGGAACCACAGAAAGGCAAGUGACUCAACAUCCAACUUAAUGGAGUCACAGAAAUGACAGCUCUACUGAUGAUAGUCACACAUAAUCCCAGCAUCAAUUUAGGUUUGAGAAUUCGUUUGUAGUGUAGGGGCUUGCAGAUGGCCACAUAGCGAUCAAAAGCCAUGGCCAGUAGCAGCCCUGUCUCCACAGCUGUGGCUGCGUGGAUAAAGUACAUCUGAGUGAAGCAGGCAUUAAAGCUGAUGGAGCUGUCUCCUGAGCUGAAGAUGCUCACCAUCUUAGGUACCACAGAAGAAGCCAUAACAAUGUCCACAGCAGCCAAAACACAUAGAAAGAAGUACAUGGGCUCUUGUAGAGUGGAAUCUGUGCAGAUCACAGUAAUGAUGAGGGUGUUUCCUAAGAGGGCUGUGCUGUACAUAGCACUAAAUGAGAUGGCCAGCCCGAGAUAGGAAGACUGCAAACCUGGGAUGCCCACGAGGAGGAAGGUGGCAGGAGAUUCCAUUGUGUGGUUGUAGGAUGGUCCUGACAUCAUAGGUGAGAUGGGCUUUCUGUUACAAUAUAAAGUGAUGGAAGAUGAGAGGAUGGAGUGCCACCAGAUGUGUUCCUCUCUGUGGUACAGGCAAAUCUGAGUGUCGAGGCAGUGUUUUCCAAAUCAGAAAACACAAAUUAAACCAUUUUGCUCCAUUUCCCAUGCUCAUCAAGAUUGUCUGUGUUAACGGAGUCGACUCAUUGGUCAGAUCAUCUGUUGAUUUUCCUCCUUUAGGAAGUCUGUGGCCUUUCUCCUCUCACAUUGCAUGAAGAGGCAAAGUUAGAAACCUUUCUCAUAAAAUUUCUCAGAAUGACUAGAAAAGAUAUGAACUGGCAGUCCUAAUGCUCUACCUCAGUCUCUCUUGUAUUUUCUAGUGGGUGACUCUUGUUCAAGUGGUAUCAUUGUCAGAAGAUGUUGGUUGAUCUUCAGGGUAAAACCUAGAGUUUUUCCUAGAAUCUGAAACAAAGCUCUAUGUGCUUCUUUUGCCCUGCUGCAGAAAGAGAAGGAACUAAUUAUAUUGCUUCUAGAGUCACACCCCACAACUAAAAACAUCAUUGUAUCACUUACUACCUGUUUUUCCCUUGGUCAUAUCAUGUAAACUU